AUGCUUGGGAAGAAAUCGAACCGAUCCUCAAAUUUUACCAUAUAUGAAAAGAUUGAUCUGUUAAAACUUGUACGGCCACACGUCAAAGUUUUGGAGGUUCAUAAAAAUAAUCAAGCUAUAAUUGUUGAAAAAAAUCGUUGCUGGGAAACUAUAGCACAGCAAUACAAUGCUGUUGGAGUGGAUCGUCCUCCUCGUAGCGCACAGGCUUUGCGAACACUCUAUAAACGCAUUAAAGAAAGUGCUAAACAAGAGAUAGCCAGGAGAGAACAAUUGCAUCCAGACUAUAAAGGAAACGUCUCUGAGCCAACCAGAAGAAUUCUAGAAAUGAAUCCUCACAUUUUCCAACCGCUUCUGAAGGUGGUAGACCCCGAUCACUUACAAAGGUAAGGAUUCUCCCAUGGGGAACCUUGUCAAAGCUUGUAUCCACAACCUGGAACCUCAAGCUGCACGUCUCAACCCUGUCCUGAUUGGGUAACACCAGAGUCAGAACCCGAGCAUGAAGAGAAACCGCCCCCAAUAUUAACUGUACUCUCGCAGCCAAAUGUAGUGGAGCACCAGAAAAAAACAGAGACUCAGCAGACUAUAAAUGGCUCUGUCUCACCAUUUUCAUCUUGUGGGGCACGAAUAUCCUUAACACCAUCUCCCAGACUUGCGAGAAGGGAAGAUGAUGUGCUCAGUAUCCACCAGUGCCACAGAGGUGCCCUACACUAUUUGUCCAGUCAUGAUAAUGAACAAGUACAGUUAAUGUCAGCAGAGGAACAUGAGAUAAUUAUGGAGAAUCAACGAAAGUUUGGACUGUAUCUUGAUGAGAAAAGAGAGAGUCUUAAAAGAAGGCAAGUGCUGGAGGAAGACCUAUUAAGGGCAAAAAUCAGAGUGGAAGAAUUAAAGGCAGCAAGACUGCAACAAGGCUUGCCAGCUCUGUAA